AUGACAAAGGCUGUAAUGGUGAGGUGCUACCUGCUCUGUUUACUAACUCUUGCACUCUGCUGUGCUUGUGGGUUAGUAUUGGCUGAUAGCCCUAAAGCUUCUGAUGCCCUUAUUAAACCUUCUACUGUUGGUGUUCCGUCUCUUGUUCGUCGUGUCAUUCCUGCCCAGGAGGAUGGAGGUUGGUUGCUGCAUACGGAUGAUGAUCAUCAGGAGGGUGAGGAAGGUUAUGAAACAUCCAAUUGUGAUGUUAAUUCGGAUUCUCAUGGUUGUCGUACAACCGUUGUUCCUCAUGGAUCUGGUGGUGGGAAGGAACCUAAAGAACAGAAGACAGAUGAAAAUGAAGAAGAAUUGAAAAGACGUCAAGAACUGGAUCAGGCUGACUCAGAACUUGAGAUAUCACAAGCAAGUCAUCUUGUCAAUAAACACAACGGUGCAAAAGAAAACAAACCAUUAAGUGUUUCUGAACCACAGGUAGCAGAAGUUUCUCUUGUUUCUUCACAGUCUCCUCCUGAUCAACGAGCUAAACAGCUUUCUUCUCGUUCUUCUGAUGCUCCUGAAGAGCCGACUAAACUUGUUUCUAAACUUUCUAGGGAAACAAAUACAGAUAACACUCUUAAUAGUGGUAGAGUGGAACCUGGUAGUGUUGGUGUGCCUGGUCAAGUAGGUGAAAGUUCUGGUGGUUCUUCUGGUGGGAGUUCAGGUUCUAGUUCAUCCAGUGCAGCUUCUCAUCCUUCUCCUCCUACACAUAAUAAUCCAACACCUGGUGAUCCUGAACCUGCUAUUCCUACUCCUGCUUCUACUCCUGUUGAUGGGAGUAGUGUCGCUGCAGCUGACGGUCAAACUGGAAACAGCGGAAACAACACAACAGGAGAAACUACAUCUAACCAGAGAAAUGAAGCACCACAACCU